AUGGCUCCAUCAUCUCCUAAAUGGCAAAAUUUAUUAAAGCUGAAACCAGCUGAUUUUGAUGCGGAAAACGAAACAGAUGAAGAUCGACAUGAUAGACUUGCUAAAGAUUAUGAAAGUCUGAAACUAGAUGAAUUUGACAAUGAACAAGAUCUACGUCAUGCAUUUCGACUGGGUCAACAAUUUACUGCAUUUUUUCGAACACAAAAGGAUGGAUUUUGGGAUAAAUUAGUCGAGGUUGCACAACAGAAUGACAACUUAAAAAAUAACGCACUUGACAAUGCGAAAGAUGCUGAUUCAUUUUUAAAAAAUGAAAUCAAUCGUCUUCGAAGUGAAAACGAAGAUUAUCGAAGAUCCUAUGAAAAUACAUUAGGUGAAGCUGGACAAGUUCGAGAAGAACUUAAAAAAUGUGAAAAUAAAGUUCGAGAUCUACAAAACCAGAAUGAUGCAUUAAAUAAAUUAUCAGAAGAUUUACGUAAACGUGUAUCAGAAUUACGUGAUACAAAUCGAAUAAGAGAAGAUGAUGGAGAACGAACAUCACGUGUACGUGCCAUGGAAAAAGAACUCAAUAGUGUUUUGGAUGAAAAUAGUCAAUUAUUUAAUGACCGUCAAAAAGUAAAUUCAAAAGCAGCUGCUCUUCAACGUGAAUUAGAAGAAGCUACACGUCAUAUUAAUGAAUUAUCAAAUGAACAUGCAAAAAUUAAAUCGCUUCUCAAUGAAAAAGAUCAAGAAAAUCUUGAAUUAAAAAAUGAACUUAAUAUAUUUCGAGAACAAAUGCCAACAAAUGCUAGCGAUGAUGAUGAUAUGGUUAUGCGACUUGUUGAAGAACGAGUUAAACAAUGGAAAGAUAUUUUUAAAUCUAAAGAUGAUGAAAUUGAUGAUCUUAAACGAAAAAUAAUUGAUCAACGCGAUCAAUUACAAAUGCAUCAAUUAGAAAAUCAAAAAACCGAUAUUACUACUUUGAAUAAAGCAGUUGCUGAAAAAGAUCAACAAAUUUCAUUAUUGAAAAAAAAACUUGAAGAAGCAACAAAUGAUUUAAUUAAACAAACCGAUGCUCUUGAUCGAAUGCGAAGUGAUCAUAUAACACCUGCUGAUCCAACAUCAACAACAAAUCGUUCGAAUACAUAUGAAACAAAUCGUUUAAGAAAACAACUAAAUGAUUAUGAAAAAGAAUUAAGUGAACGUGAUAUUCGUUUACAUGAUCUUGAUCUACAAUUAAAAGCAUUUUUGGAUAAAAAUUAUGAAUUACGUGAUGCUGUACAAGAAAUACGUCAAUUAAAAGAACAAAUUAAAUUACGAGAUCGACAAAUGGAAGAUUUAGCACAAUUUGCAUCAAGAAAUGAACUUACUGUUAAUGAAGUUACUGAUGAAAAUGAAGAAUUACGAGCUAAAUUAGGUAUGGAUCCACGAACACCAAUGUCCGUCGAACAACUUAAAACAGCAAGAAUGACACGUACAGAAGCGAAUCAAGCUGUUGUACAAGUUUUACAAAAAGAAAUCGAACGUCUCGAAGAAGAACGAUUGAAAUUAAAACAAAACUGUCGUCAAUUAGCUCGUCAAGCUGGUGUUCGAGCAGCUGAAUUAGGUCUUGCUGGUGAUUCUGUAUGGACAGAUGAUACUGGUAUAGCUCGACCUAUAAGUACAACUGCGGAUGAUGCAAUUCGUAUUGCUCGUAAUGAUUAUGAUCAACAAAUAAGAGCAUUUGAUACAAAUAUUGAUCAACUUCGACGUGACCUUAUUGAGAAAACAAAUGAAAAUCGUGCAUUAAUUACUGAAAUUCAUGGUCUUGAACAAGGUUUAAAAGAAAUUGAUCAACAAUUAAAACAAAAACGUUUUCCACGUUCAUCAUCUGGUGAUCCAUCAUCAUCUUACGUUAUUCAAUGUCCAUCAUUAGACAAAAUGCUUCAAGUUCUUGAAAGUCAAUCACAUGCUGGUCGAUAUGAUGGUUCAAUGGUAUUAAAAAGUGAAAAUGAUAAAUUACUUGGUCGUAUUGCUGAAUUACGAGAUGAAUUAUAUAAUGCUCGACACGAAAAAACUAAAUCUGAUGUUAAUCUUAAAUUAGCUGUUGAACGAAAUGAAAAACUUCAACGUGAUCUAAAAUUAUUUGAAGAAGCUGGUGCUGUUCCGCUUACAUAUCAAUCAUUAAAAUUACCUGAUGGUUUAUCACCAUCAAGUCGUGAUAUAAUAUCAUGUCUUAAUGAAUAUCUUGUUGAUGCUUUAGCUGAAGUAACAGCACAACGUGAAAUGAAUAAAAGUCUUGAAGAAGGACUUGAUAAAUAUCGACGAAAAUUAAAUGUUAUUAAACAUCAAACAGGUUUACUUUAUAAAGAUUUUCAUGAGAAACAACAACAAUGGUUAAAUGAACGUGAACAAACAAAUGAUGCAAAACGUGAUUUACAAACUGAAAUUGAAAAAAAUCUUGUUAAACUUCAAGAAUUUGAUCGUCUUCUUAAUACAUUGGAACAAGAUGAUGUUGAAGUUCGUCGACGUAUUGCAGAACUUACAAGAAAAAUAACUGUUUUACGUGUUAAUGAAAAAACAUUAGGAAGAAAAAUUCUAUCAUAUCAAGAUAUUGAAACACAUUUACGAAAGGAUAAUACAAAAUUACGUACGGAAGUUGUUGAUAUGGAAGUUGCUGUACAAACACGUUUGAAUUAUUUACAACGUUUUAAAGAUACAUCUGCUUAUCGUAUAAAACACUUACAAAAACAAGUUGAAGAGAGUGUACAUCAAAAUGAAUUAGAUAAAAUUAAUAGAAAAUAUGAAGAUGUUGUAGAAAAAUAUCGAGAUUUACUUGAACAACAACAUGCAUAUGUUCAACAAACUGAACAAUCAUCUGUAUUAACGGAGGAUAAUCGACGAUUAAUUGAUGAAGUAGAAUUUCUUAAACGACAAUUACAAAUAGAUAAAGAAAAAAUGCAUUUAUUAGAAGAAACAAUGGAAAAUUUAAAAAAUCAAGGAUUAAUUGAUGCUGGUUAUACUAGUACAUCAGUGCGAUCUAAUAGAAGUGGUUUCGUAGAUGAGAAUCCUGGAAGUCUUUCACGUAAAAUAACUGUUCUUGAAAUGAAAGAACUUAAUGAAAGACAACGAGCUGAAUAUGCUCAAAAACUUUAUGAUCAACAACGUACAACACUUCGACAAAUGGAAGAUCGAAAUCUCGAAUUAGAAAAAAAAUUUAGUGAAUUAACACGAAUGAAUCUCGAAAUGCAACGUACUGAACGUGAAUUACGUGAUGAUCUUGCACAUAGUGUACCAAGAACAGUAUCUGAUGCUGACAAACGACGUAUAUCUGAACUUGAAAGUACUGAAAUUCAUGCUAAACAAGAAAUAGGUCGUUUACGUGAAAUAUCUGAAGUUGCAACGUAUCAAGUCGGAGCUAUUAAUGAUAUGAAAGUAUUAGAUGAAAAAGAAUUUCAAUCAUUACGUCUUCAAUUACUUGAUUUACAAUCGAAAACAGAUGAUAAAAGUGAAAUUGGUAAACUUCAUCGUCAUAUUCUUGCACUACAAAUAAGUGAAGCAACAGCUAAACGAAAACAAUUACAAUCUGAUAAUGAUUUAGCUAAACAAAAAGCAUUACUUCUUCGAACAGAACAAAAAUUAGAUGAAAAAGAACAAAGUUUAUUCUUUAUUCGUCAAGAAUAUACACAACGUAUUCGAUAUUUAAGAACAGCUCUACAAGAUUAUCGUCAUAAAUAUGCAGGUGCAUUACCAUUACGCGUACAAGAAUCAUACGCUAAAACAAUGAUUGAUUUACGUAAUGGUAAAAAACAAUUAGAUUUGGAUAUGAAGAAAUUAGCUGAUCAAAAAUUUGAUCUUGAAACUCAAAUAGCAUCAUAUGAAUUUAAACAUAAAUCACUUGAAGAACUUUUAGCUACACUUAAAGAUGGUCAAAGUAAUGCUCGUGUACAAAAAAUGAUUGAAUGGCAACAAAAGCUAGAGAAAGUUAAAUUAAAUGAAUUAAGACAUAUUCGACUUAAUAAACGUAUGGAAACCGAUAAUUCACAUUUGACCAAAUUGGUACAACAACUUGAAAUAAAUGUUACUGAACUUGAAGAACAAAAUGUUAAAUUUGAAAAGGAAAUUGAAGAGCGACAAUUAAUUUGGGAACAUCGUGAAUUAGAUAUGGAAAGAAAAAUAGAUCAACUUGAAAAACAACAAAAUGAUAUUGCUAAUGCAGCAAAACGAUUUGAAGAAGCUAUUGGUAAUUAUCCAGAUCCAUCAUUACCUGUUGCUCAUCAAUUAGAACAAGCAUUAACUAUUAUUCGUGAUAAUAUUCAUUUAUUAAUGGAAGCUAAAAUACAACAUCAACUUGUUGACAAAAAAACAACUGAACAUAAUGAUAAAAUUCGUGAAAUGGAAAAUGCUGUAUUAGCACGUGAUAAAGUUAUUCAUGAACUUCGACUUCGUUUACCAACAACAACUAUUCUUGAUUCCGAUAAACUUAUAUCUGAUGUUAUGACACGUCCCGAUGAUUCUUCUCGUUUAUCAACUGUUCGAGCUGCUCAAUCAACAAUUGAUAGUCUUCAAGCUCGUAUUAUACAAAAAGAAGAAAGUAUACGUAAAUAUCAAGAUAUGCUUAAAGAAGCUCGUGAUGAUUCAAAUAAACAAAUCCGACAACAUGAAGAAGAAAUUCAAUUAUUAAAUGAACAAUUACAAAAUAAACGUGAUCUCGAUUUUAUUCGUUUUAAAGAUUUUGUUGAACGUGGUGGUAAUCCAGGAUUUUUUAAUGGAUCAUCAUCAACAGCUGAGGUGUCACGUAUACGUGAACUUGAAGAGAAUGUUGCUGUACAAGAUAAUACAAUUGCACAUUUAAAUGAAAAAUUACGUGAAGCACGUCGUGAAGCUGAAACAUGGAAGGGACGAUUAACACAAAAAAUGGAACAAUUUAAACAUGAUCGAGAAAAUGUUAAAUCUACCUAUGAAAAACUUGUUAAUGAACUAAGUCAUAAAAUUGAAAUUCAAAGUUCACAAUUACAAGAUCAACAUAAUAAAAUUGGACAAUCAAUGAUGGAUCUUGAGAAUGCACAAAGAUCUACAUCUAGUAGAACAACAACAACAACAAAGAAUAAUCCUCCAGCAAAUACUGGAACAAAUAAUUCAAUAAAUUUACGUGAACAAUUAGCAUUGAAAGAAGAACAACGUCAAGAAUUAAUACGUGCUUUAGCUGAUAUUCGUAGUGAUAUGGUUAAAAUAGCUGAAGGAAAUUUAAAAGCUAUGAGUGAUGAAGAUAAACAGAGUCUUUCUGUACAAGCAUUAAUUACAAGUAAAACAUCACAAUUACAAGAAAAAAUUGAUGAUUAUGAAGGACAAAUACAAAAUUUAAAACGAGAAUUAAAAGCACAAAAAGCUUUAGCACAACAAUAUAAAGAUGAAGCAGUUGAUGCUCGAGAAAAAUUAGGUCAAAAUGAAAAGAAAUUAAAUAAAGUUCAACAACAAAAUGCAACACUUACGGACAAUGUACAACGACGAAUGACUGGUCAACAACUUCAACAAGGCCAAGGUGAAGAUACAAUUGAAUCAUUACGACGUCAAGUUCGUUUACUUGAAGAUAAACUUCGUAAAACAAGGACAGCAGAACGACCUCUUGAUGAAAAUCGAGACGAACGAACAAAACGAACAAUCGAAUCAUUUCAACAACAAAUAACUGAUUUAGAUACACAUAAAAGAGAAUUACUUAAAUUUAAUCAACAAUUAAAAGAUGAAUUAAGCAAAGUUCGAUUACGUAAUGAAGAAUUACAAAAGAUUAAUGGAUUUUUAAAAUCUGAAAAUGAAGGUUUACGAAAUGGUGAUAGCCCUCGAUCCUCAUCGAGUGGAAACAUGCGACGAAUUGGAGAUUCUGGCCGAUCGACUGUUGAAUUAGAAAAAAUUAUUGCAUUAAUGAAAAAAAAAAUUGAUCAUCUUCAAUCAGAAAAUCAAAUACUUAAAUCAGAUGUUGAUCGACAACGAAUAGCAAAUGAUUCAAAUCGAGCAUUCUUUACUCAAGCAACUGAAUCAACUAAAGAAAUUGAACAUAUGGGUCAUAUUAAUUCCCGACUUCAAAAAGAAAUUGCACUUCUACGUGAACAAGUUGCUCAAUUACAAAUGAAAACUUUUCCAUCAUCAUCUGACAAUGGUUUUCAUUGA